AUGGAAGGCAUGCCGUUGCCAGUGCCUGUUGCCACGCGAUCGCUUUUGCUACAUGCCGCUGUGAAGUCUGAGGCUGAGAAGCUCAAGCCGAAGCUUGCGGCAGAGGGCGCGGUCAGCGUGGCAAAGUCCAUGAUCCGAGAGCUGGUCGAGAGGGCUGCUGAUAUCAAGGAUCCCAAGGAGAAGCGGGAAGCAUUGGAUCAAAUUGUGCUACUCAGCGAAAGCUCCCAGAGCCUUGCCAGCAGCGUCGCGCCGGAUGUGGAAGUAGGUACUCCUGUCUACGAUGGCCCGCUGAGAUACAAGACGCUCGAGCAGCUGUUCGAUGUGUACUUGGAUGGUGUCAUGGAGGGUGUGCAGCAGCAGACGAAAGCAAUGAUGCAAGCCUUUUCCGGCGGAGAGGAUGCAUCUGGCGCACAGCCCUCCGUGGCGGAGAUGACGGCCAGAGCUGAGCAAGCUGAUAAGGCUCAAAGCACCCUGGCUGCCGUCUUCAAGAUCUCCGAGGGCAAGGUUCAGAAGUUGCUGGACAAGAAAGGUGAGAAGAUGCAGAAGGAUUUGCUGGGUGGUCUUCUGAGCGGCGAAGCCUGA